AGAGUACCAGAGUACCAAAGUACCAGUACAGCCGGUCGGUCAGUACGCAAGAACACGUCGAAGGAGCGCCGCUGACCAUCCGCGCGACCAGAUUUAGUCACGGGUGAUUUUUUUUCGAAUUCCUCUUAGAUACAGUGAUGUGAUACGUAUAAAAAGUUUGUUUAUAGUGAUAUACUUGUCUAGAAAAGGAUGCAAAAGAUUUAGGAGUGAUUUUAAUCUCUGCUGAGAGCGUGCGAGACAAUGUGCGCUGCUUUGAUUGGUACAUAAUUGUUAUAGACGGCAUCGGAUAUUUGCCGGAAUGAGCGAAUACGAACGAAUACGGAGGGCUUGCCUUAAAAGGGGUGAACUGUGGGAGGAUCCCGAUUUUCCUGCAACGCAAGCUUCCGUAUUCUACCACCAGACGCCGCCAUUUCAGUUCACAUGGAAACGACCAAAGGAUUUAUGUCCCAGGCCUGGAUUUAUACAGGAUGGACCAACUCCAUUCGAUAUCAGUCCUGGAAAAAUGGGUGAUAGGUGGCUGGUGUCAUGUUUAGGCGUUUUAUAUUUAAACAAAGGCUUGUUCUACCGAGUGGUACCGGCUGAUCAGUCAUUUGGUGGUGACCAAUACUGUGGACUAUUUCGAUUUAGAUUAUGGUGGUGCGGCGAAUGGACGGAAGUCUUGGUUGAUGACCGCCUGCCCACUGUUCACGGUCGUUUGGCGUUUUUACAGUCGCAAAAUUCCGACUAUUUUUGGCCCGGUCUCUUGGAGAAGGCCUACGCAAAAUUGCACGGAUCGUACGAAGCGUUAAAAUAUGGCUCCUUAUUGGACGGAUUGGCUGAUCUCACCGGAGGAAUUACGGAAAGUAUAGCUAUAAGACAGGAUGCCACUUCCUGUGCUAGGCUGCUCCACAAAUUGUUGGACAUGACCUCGAUAAUCACGUGCGCAGUGCAGCCCCCCAACCAAGUCAGAUCGCUCACGGAAAAACUAGACAAUGGGAUCCAAACGGGGGUCAACUAUAGGAUAUACGCGGUGGACAGGGUAGAAACUUUCGACAACGAAACGCUGCAACUGAUAAAAAUCAGGAACCCGCUGGGUUCGGCUACGGAAUACCUGGGUCCCAUGGGCCUAGAUUCACCCGAAUGGUCUCAACUGCCUCCUCAGGAGUUCGAGAGGGUUCAAACGAAGUUCACCGAGGACGAGUUCUUCAUGCCCUAUUCGGAGUUUUUGAGAACCUUCACCCACUUGGAGGUGGUACAUUUGGAUAGCGAUACCAGCAGAGAUGAACCUAGUCUUCAUAACAAGAAUACGUGGCAGAUGAGACUGUACCAAGGCAAUUGGCAGAAAGGUGUGACAGCCGGUGGUUGUAGGAAUAACCCAGAUACGUUUCACAUUAACCCCCAACUACACUUAUUGCUAAGCGAAAUGGAAGAAGUGGUAGUCUCUUUGAAUCAGCAUAGUAUAAUGGAGCCCAAAGUUAUAGGAUUUACUGCAUAUUCCCUGCCCAAAAGCAAUUCGGAAACCAUAGGCAAAGCAUUUUUUAAAAAGAAUAAGUCUUUGUUCAACUCUCAGUACACCAACAGCAGGCAAAUCAGUCAUAGAUGCCAGUUGGAACAAGGUGGAUACCUGAUCAUUCCCACCACAUUCGAACCUGGACAAGAGUCUGGAUUCACUCUCAGAGUCUAUUCCAGCAAACCGCUCAAGCUUAAACUAGUCGAUACCGUACCUUGUUUAGUUAAAUCAGCAAUAGUCAAAGCCCCUCCACUUUUAGAUGGAAAAAGUUUCAGUCAGUACGAAGCUGUGUUUUUGCAACUGGCCGACGAACAUAGAACUGUCAACGCCUUCGAGCUCCAAGAACUUCUGGACGCGUGCUUACCAAAUGACUACAUCAAAAGCUGCGCAUCGAUCGAAGUUUGUAGGCAAAUUGUCUUUACUUUUGAGAAUUCAGGCACAGGCAGACUGAAAUUUAACGACUUCAAAGACCUGAUGUGCAGCCUGAAAUUUUGGCAGACGGCUUUCAAGAAUCACACCAAAGAAAAAACGGGGAUUCUGAAGGCAGAACGAUUCAGAGACGCGUUGCUAGAAGUGGGAUUUCAGCUCAGCAGUGACGUGCUAACAACACUAGUGCUGAGGUAUAUGAGAAAAGACGGCACCCUGCGAUUUGGAGACUUCGUAUCAGCUAUUUUGCAUCUGACAGUUGCAUUUAAUAUUUUUGAAGCAAAAGAUCCAUUACAAAAUGGAAGUAUUAAACUAAAUUUAUCGGAGUGGCUGAAAUCAUCAUUAAGUUGUUAGAGAAAAAUGAAAAAUCAUCACACUCAUACUGUACAUAUUUCCUUGUGAAUACUGAAUAUAUUUUUUUAUUUUUAUAAGAUUUUUAUAAGAAUAUUCUCUCAUUCUGUAUAAAAUAAACGUUAAUGUUUCAUUA